AAUGGAUGAUAUUAGAUCUUCCACCUUUUCGGUUUCUCGAAAGAAGUGUUCAUUCGCACGACAAAUUUCCAGCCGGUUCCGCCUUCGCAUCACAUUCUCUCUCCUCACGCUUACCGAUCCACAACAGCGACCAUAGUGACUCACCUUUAGAUUCUUACUUCCAGCUGUCUCCACUCUAUUUCCAUAAAGACCUCGAAAAUAUGAUCAGCUCCUCCGAUGAGAGCGACGCUGAGAGGCGAGGGUCAAGAAAAGGCAGACCCGGAGGUGGCAACUCUCUUCUCGUUCUGGUGGCAAGAAGGAAAAAGGACGUAGGCGACGAUGAAGAAGGAGCGACAAAAAAGAAGUCAGUGGAGCAUGAACUUGAUGCUCCUGUAGUCGACGAAGAGGGCAAGGACGGUGAGGACCAAGUGGACAAGAAUGAAAAAGAAAACGACACUGACAAGGGAAAGAAGAAGCGCAAGAAAGGUGCACCUAUAGUCAUUUCCUCAAACAAGCGGCAGCAAAAACUUCCUGGAUCGCACAAGAGUCUAAUUUCUAGCUCUGGUUCUACCGGAGCCGGGGUAUCAGGAUCAGCACCUUCCUCAAUUACGGCUCAAAACAAUUCAUUUCUACAGGCCAUCUCUCCUUAUCAUGUCCUCUGAGGAAUGGGAGAAAUGUACAACGCAAGAAAUGAAAUGUUUUGAGCUCUACUAACUCAAGAAGCAAAAAGCCAGUCCCUAUGGAUCCUCGUUUCAACGACUUGUGUGGCAGCCUCAAUGUCGACCACGUCAGUCGAAACUAUGGCUUUCUCGAAGAACAUCGACAAGCUGAGAUGGGCAAACUUCGAGCCGAAGUCAACAAGCUCACUAGGCAGAAGAAACACGAAGGAGAGCGCCGAUUCGCAGCGCAACUAGAUGAGAAAUCAAAAGCCUUACAAAAACUCCAGAACGACGAAAAAAGACGAAAGGAGUUGCAAGAGUUUGCGGAAACGAAGAAACAACUCAGCAAGGAACAAAAACAACGAGUGUUGGAAGGCAAGAAAGCGUACUUCUUCUCCGAUGCAGCAGUGCGGAAGAAGAUUAGAGACGACAAGACAGCGGCUAUGGGCAAAAAAGCUGUGGAGAAGAGAGACGCAAAACGGGAAAAGAGAAAAGCGGCAGCAAGCAAAAAAGUACUGGCAGACAAAACUGUACGAAAGGAACGGGCUGCGGGAGCAUGAUGGGGUUUUUGGAUUAAUCUCUUUCCAGAGUCAUGUUGUCUCAAAUCAACACGGAAACCAAGAACAACUACUACACGACCCCACCUGUAGUCUUUUAAACAUUUAUUGUGCAAUCUCCAUAAGGAUGAGAGUGACGCCCCCACCUGCAAAAUCGCAGGCACUGCUAGAGCACCAAGAUGAAAGCAUGCUAAGGCAAUAAAGA